AUGAUUUAUAUUGAUUCACAUAAUUUGUUCUAUAUAUGUAGUUGUUUUCUUGGGUCAGUAUGUACUUUAUGCAUAUGUAAAAACCGUGAUUUAAUACCUCACAUUAGUGAAAAUAAACACAUAGGUCAAAUAUAUCGUUUUUUAAAUAUUCAUAAAUAUGAAUCAUUCAGUGUUAUAAUUGAGAUUCAUCACAUAAAUUUAAAAUUUAGUGACGAUGAAAAAAAAAAGUAUAUAAUUCACUUGAAAAUUGGAAAUCGAUAUGCUUAUACCCACUAUUAUAAAGAGUAUCAGAAUAAAAUUCAUAUAGAAGAAAGAAAAAACAUGCUAGUUAAACAAAAUAACAAUGUUCUAAGAAUUGAGGUUUAUAAAAAAGGGACAUUAAAAAACACUUUUUUCGGUUCAUCUGAUAUUCACAUAUAUAAUGAUAUAAUUAAAAAAUUAUUUCCUAAUAAUAUAUAUUUUAAUUUAGUGAAUAAGAAUCAGAUAGUUGCAAAUAUAUCUUUAUCAUUUCAUUAUAUUAAUUUAAAUUGUAUAAAAAAGGAUGAUCAAAUAUAUACAUCUCUUUUUAUUGAAACUAUUAUAUCAGUUCAGAAAAGUCAAAAUAAAAAUAAUAAAAAAAUAGAAGAACUCAUAAAUGAAGGAAAAGAACAUUUUGAGGCUAUUAAAGAAACUGAUGUUAGUUUAAAUAUAUAUAAGAACAUAUCUAGUUUAGCAAUUGAGGAUAAAAUUCACCUUUUUUGUAAAAAUUUGAAUGGAUAUUUGCUGUAUAGUAAUUAUUAUGUAAAAAGAUAUUAUUACAAAUAUUAUUUCUAUUUACACUUUUUUAAGGGGAAAUUCUAUUGGUGUUAUUAUAAUGAUGAAACGGAUGCACUGGUAGAUAACAAUAGAAUAGAUUACAUUAGGUUAGAAUACGUGGUUAAUGUAUACAGUGAUGUUUAUAAUCAUAAGUAUUUUUAUAUAAAAUAUAAAAAAAAAAAUGAAAAAAAAGAGAAUUACUUGUACUUAAAAACUGUAGAUAAAGAUAGAAAUAUAUGGAUAAAUGUUAUUCAUGAUUUUAUAAUUUUGAUUAAUAAUUAUAAAAAUGAAAAAAAAAGUAAAAAAAAAAAACUUAAAGAGAAAAAUAAACAAGAUAAAAAAAGAACUUCUAGAGAAAUAGAGGAUAAUAACAAUAGUUUAUCUCAUUCUUUAUCUAUGAAUUCUAUUAAAAAUAAAUAUUUAGAUAAAAAGUAUAAAGUUGAUACAUUAAGUAAUAUUGAUAAUGAAGAUGAUUAUAAAAGCCAUGUUGAUUUAAGAAGUAUUUAUAAAGAUAUGAAUAAAAAUAUGUAUAAUUAUAGUGAUUAA